CCGCACAGCGGCGACGGCGACUAGUAGCAGUACGCUCCCUCCCAAGGCGCGCUAUAUAUAAACACCGCCCUCCCCUCCCCUUCAUCCCCCAGACGCGUCAUCCCUCACCGCCCUCCUCCUCCCCUGACUCGAGAGACGUACGAAGCCGCCGUGCCAAAUCCUCCGUACGAGCGUUUCUUGGUAGCCGAGGCUGUCGUCUUUCUUGGACAAGAGCCGGCGCCGUGAAGCAGCCAUGCAUAACAGGGCGGGCGGCGGCGGCGGCGGCGGCGGGGACAUCGUGGAGUUGUCGUCCGCGGCGCAGGGGCACGAGAGGGAGCGGGUGAUCCCGCACAGCGGGCCCCUGAGCAAGAAGUCCGGGGCGCGGAAGAGCGCGCGGUUUGCGGAGUCCGUGUCCGCGCCGCUCUCCGCUCCCCCUCCGCGCGGCACCCCCUCCGCCGCCAACAACGAUGACGAUGACUACGUGGAGAUCACCCUCGACGUGCGCGACGACUCGGUGGCGGUGCACAGCGUCAAGCCCGCCGCGGGCGGCGACGACUCGGACGUGACGCUGCUGGCGCGCACGCUGGAGAAUCGGUCCUCCUCCUUCGGCCACUCCGUCAUCCGGAACGCCUCGUCCCGGAUCAAGCAGGUGUCGCAGGAGCUCCGCCGGCUUGCCUCUGUCAAUCGCCGUGGCGCCGGCCCGCGCAUCGACCGGUCCAAGUCCGGCGCCGCGCACGCGCUCAAGGGGCUCAAGUUCAUCAGCAGGGCCGAUGGCGGCUCCGGGUGGCCCGCCGUCGAGAAGCGCUUCGACGACCUCUCCCAGAACGGCCUCCUCCACCGCUCCAAGUUCGGCCAGUGCAUCGGGAUACGGGAGUCGGAGUUCGCCGGCGAGCUGUUCGACGCGCUGGCGCGGCGGCGCAACAUCCCCGGCGACAGCAUCAGCAAGGCGGAGCUGCUCGAGUUCUGGGACCAACUCUCCGACACCAGCUUCGACAGCCGCCUCCAGACCUUCUUCGACAUGGUGGACAAGGACGCGGACGGGAGGAUCACCGAGGAGGAGGUCAAAGAGAUCAUCACGCUGAGCGCGUCGGCGAACAAGCUGUCCAAGGUCCAGGACCAGGCGGAGGAGUACGCGCGGCUGAUCAUGGAGGAGCUGGACCCGGCCAACCUGGGGUACAUCGAGCUGUACAACCUGGAGAUGCUGCUGCUGCAGGCGCCGAGCCAGUCGGUGCGCAUCGGCACCACCAACAGCCGCAACCUGAGCCAGAUGCUGAGCCAGAACCUCCGGCCCACGGCGGAGCCCAACCCGCUCCGGCGGUGGUACCGCCGCGCGCAGUAUUUCCUCGAGGACAACUGGCGGCGCGUGUGGGUGAUGCUCCUGUGGUUCUCCAUCUGCGCGGGGCUGUUCGCGUGGAAGUUUGUGCAGUACCGGCGCCGCGCUGUGUUCGACGUCAUGGGGUACUGCGUCUGCGUUGCCAAGGGCGGCGCCGAGACGCUAAAGUUCAACAUGGCGCUCAUCCUGCUCCCGGUGUGCCGGAACACCAUCACCUGGAUCCGCAACCGCACCGUCGUGGCCCGCGUGGUGCCGUUCGACGACAACCUCAACUUCCACAAGGUGAUCGCCGUGGGCAUCGCCGUCGGGGCCGGCCUGCACAUCAUCUCUCACCUGACCUGCGACUUCCCGCGGCUGCUCCACGCCACGGACGCCCAGUACGCGCCGCUGGCGCAGUACUUCGGCACGCCGAGGCCCAACAACUACUGGUGGUUCGUCAAGGGCACAGAGGGGUGGACAGGGCUCGUGAUGCUGGUGCUCAUGGCCAUCGCCUUCACGCUCGCCACGCCGUGGUUCCGGCGCGGCAGGCUCCGGCUCCCCGGCCCGCUCAAGCGGCUGACGGGGUUCAACGCGUUCUGGUACUCCCACCACUUCUUCGUGGUCGUGUACGCGCUGCUCAUCGUGCACGGGCACUUCCUGUACCUCACCCACAAGUGGUACAAGAGGUCGACGUGGAUGUACCUGGCGGUGCCCAUGGUGCUGUACGCCUGCGAGCGGCUGACGCGGGCGCUCCGGUCCAGCGUCCGGCCGGUGAAGAUCCUCAAGGUGGCCGUGUACCCGGGCAACGUGCUGUCGCUGCACUUCUCCAAGCCGCAGGGGUUCCGGUACAAGAGCGGCCAGUACAUCUUCGUCAACUGCGCCGCCGUCUCGCCAUUCCAGUGGCACCCGUUCUCCAUCACGUCGGCGCCGCAGGACAACUACGUGAGCGUCCACAUCAGGACGCUCGGCGACUGGACCCGCGAGCUCAAGAACGUCUUCUCCAAGGUGUGCCGGCCGCCGACGGAAGGGAAGAGCGGGCUGCUCCGGGCGGAGUACGACCGCGACGGCGCCAUGACGAACCCGAGCUUCCCGAAGGUGCUGAUCGACGGCCCGUACGGCGCGCCGGCGCAGGACUACAAGCAGUACGACGUCGUGCUCCUCGUCGGCCUCGGCAUCGGCGCCACGCCCAUGAUCUCCAUCAUCAAGGACAUCAUCAACAACAUGAAGCAGCUCGACGGCGACCUCGAGUCCGGCGACGACAACUCCAGCUCCGUGGCGUCGUCGUUCCGGACCCGGCGCGCCUACUUCUACUGGGUGACUCGGGAGCAAGGGUCCUUCGAGUGGUUCCGCGGCGUGAUGGACGAGGUGGCGGAGACGGACAAGAAGGGCGUCAUCGAGCUCCACAACUACUGCACCAGCGUGUACGAGGAGGGCGACGCCCGGUCCGCCCUCAUCGCCAUGCUCCAGUCGCUCAACCACGCCAAGCACGGCGUCGACGUCGUCUCCGGCACCCGCGUCAAGACCCACUUCGCGCGCCCCAACUGGCGCAACGUCUACAAGCGCAUCACGCUCAACCACCGCGACCAGCGCGUCGGAGUGUUCUACUGCGGUGCCCCGGUGCUGACAAAGGAGCUGCGUGAACUCGCGCAGGAUUUCUCUAGAAAAACAACCACCAAGUUCGAAUUCCACAAGGAGAAUUUCUAAUUUGUGUAGUCUCAAGAAAGUUUUCGCAUGACGAGUCUUAGUACAUACCGUAUUCUAAAUGUGUAGCAUUCAUAUGCAUGUAGAGGGAGUAGAUCAAAGUAGGUAUUGCUUGAUUGUGACCAAAAUUUCAUCAGUUUUUACCCUAGAAGACGAAUAAUCCAAUACCCUUGUACAGAUCUUAGCUCGGAUACGCUUUGUGUCUCUUUGACUAGACAGUUUGAUCAAGUUGCAUGAUAGAGAGUUUGAUGCUCUCGCUUUGACUAGACAGUUUGAUCAAGUUGCAUGAUAGAGAGUUUGAUGCCCUAAUUAGUUGAAAAGUAUCACAAUGUCUGGCAAGAUCAAGAUCAAGAAAGUUGCGCCAGUGCAGGAAAGAAAUUGCACCUUUUGUUGGUAUGUGAUCUUUAUUUAUGCGCCUUUAGUACUUUAUUCCAUUUGUAUUUUUGUGUAGCGCGAAGUCAGAAUCAGAGUACAGCAUAUGACAAGAUAAUGCUUGUGCAAGGCUGUAAGGGAUACGCAUUGUUCAGUAACAGAAUGAGGUGUUCGUUUUCCUA